GCCGCCGAAUUACCGAGUAGUGGGGUCAAACAUUCUUCAUGGUAAAAUUACCAAACUAACCCGUAUAUUACACAGCGUCAAAUUAGUCAAACCAACCUGCAAUUUCCCAUCUGUCUUGGUUAAAUAACCGCUUACUCAAACCGUCUCCUUCUCCUAGAUCGUCUCUGGCGUACCUUCAAUAAUCAUUUUUCCAAAAUGCAUUCCACAAAGCUCCGCCGGAAAGUGGCUCCGGCCAACGGAGUCCUUGACAAUUCCGCCGACAAGCAAGACCAGCUUCUACUCUCCGCAGCUAUCUGCAACGGCGAGGAUCUCGGUUCUUUUAUCCGCAAGGCCUUCGCUUCCGGUAAGCCCGAGACACUCCUCCACAAUCUCCGCCAGUUUGCUCGCUCCAAAGAGUCAGAAAUUGAGGAAGUUUGCAAAGCUCACUACCAAGACUUCAUUCUAGCCGUCGAUGAUCUUAGAUCCUUGCUCUCCGACGUCGAUUCGUUGAAAUCUUCACUUUCCGAUUCCAACUCCAAGCUUCAGUCCGUCGCUGGCCCCCUAUUAACGGUUCUCGACUCCUACAUCGAAGCUCAAACCGUCUCUCGCAAUGUGAACUUAGCUCUUACCUUGAUUGUGUCCUGUAUUAAGCUCAUGGAGCUUUGUACCAGAGCCAACCAUCACUUAUCCAGCGGUAAUUUCUACAUGGCCUUGAAGUGUGUAGACAUGAUGGAGACCGAGUUUUUGGAUAAAACGCCAUCGUCAACUUUGAAGCGGAUGUUGGAGAAGAAGAUUCCUGAGAUUCGAUCGCAUAUAGAGAGGAAAGUGAGUAAGGAGUUUGGUGAUUGGCUUGUGGAGAUCCGAGUAGUGAGUCGGAAUCUGGGGCAGUUAGCGAUAGGUCAAGCCUCUGCUGCGAGGCAGCGAGAAGAGGACCUGAGAAUCAAGCAGAGGCAAGCUGAAGAACAAAGUCGUCUCAGCUUGCGAGAUUGCGUCUAUGCUUUGCAAGAGGAAGAUGAUGACGAUGGGAUUAAUGGUGGGAUCGGAGAAGAUGUUAAGGAUGGGUAUAGCAGUGGUAGUGGAUUGCUAGGGUUUGAUUUGACUCCAGUAUAUAGGGCUUAUCAUAUACAUCAGACGUUAGGGCUUGAAGAUCGGUUUAAGCAGUACUAUUUUGAGAAUAGGAAGCUUCAAUUGACUUCAGAUUUUCAGGUAUCUUCCAUGACCCCGUUUCUUGAAUCUCAUCAAACUUUUUUUGCACAAAUUGCUGGGUUCUUUAUAGUAGAAGAUCGCAUUUUGAGGACUGGAGGGGGUCUCAUUUCGAGAAUGGACGUUGAGAAUUUGUGGGAGACUGCUGUUAGUAAGAUGUGUUCAGUGAUAGAAGAUCAUUUUUCUAGGAUGCAAACUGCAAAUCAUCUGUUGUUGAUUAAGGAUUAUGUGAGUUUGCUUGGAGUGACUUUGCGCAGAUAUGGCUAUCCUGUGGAUCCUUUAUUAGAUGUUUUGAGCAAGCACAGGGAUAAGUACCAUGAGUUGCUGUUGUCUGAUUGUCGUAAGCAGAUUGCUGAGGCACUUGCUGCUGAUAAGUUUGAGCAGAUGUUGAUGAAAAAAGAGUAUGAAUAUUCAAUGAAUGUGCUUUCAUUUCAGAUACAGACUUCAGAUAUUGUACCAGCUUUUCCUUACGUUGCACCCUUUUCAUCCACAGUACCAGAUUGUUGUCGAAUUGUGCGGUCCUUUAUUGAAGAUUCUGUGAGUUUUAUGUCUUACGGUGGGCAGCUUGAUUUCUUUGAUGUUGUUAAGAAGUAUUUGGAUCGGCUUUUGAGUGAGGUUCUGGAUGAAGCUUUACUGAAACUUAUAAAUACGUCAGUCCAUGGGGUUUCCCAAGCUAUGCAGGUUUCAGCAAAUAUGGCGGUGAUGGAACGUGCUUGUGAUUUCUUUGUUCGUCAUGCUGCACAGCUUUCUGGCAUUCCCUUGAGAAUGGCAGAGAGGGCUAGGAGGCAAUUUCCGCUAAACAAAGCUCGUGAUGCAGCAGAAGAGAUGCUAUGUGGGUUGCUUAAACAGAAGGUUGAUGGUUUCAUGACAUUGAUCGAGAACGUGAACUGGAUGGCUGACGAGCCCGUACAGAGUGGUAAUGAAUAUGUGAAUGAAGUCAUAAUUUAUUUGGAGACCCUGGUUUCUACUGCUCAGCAAAUUUUGCCGGUUAAUGUUCUCAAAAGGGUUUUACAAGAAGUUCUUUCUCAUAUAUCAGAGACGAUUGUCGGGGCAUUGUUUGGCGACUCUGUUAAGAGGUUCAAUAUAAAUGCUAUCAUGGGCAUUGAUGUGGAUAUCCGACUGUUGGAAUCUUUUGCGGAUAAUCUAGCUUCUUUAUUCUCUGAGGGAGAUGUAAAUCAGUUGAAAACAGCACUUGCUGAGUCAAGGCAGUUGACUAAUUUGCUUUUGAGCAAUCACCCUGAGAAUUUUUUGAACCCUGUAAUUAGGGAGAGGAGCUACAAUACGUUGGAUUAUAGGAAAGUAAUGACUAUAUCAGAGAAGUUGAGAGAUCCUUCAGAUAGACUGUUUGGAACAUUUGGGAGCAGGGGAUCUAGGCAGAACGCAAAGAAGAAAUCUUUGGAUGCUUUGAUAAAAAGACUCAAGGAUGUCAACUGAUUCAAUCAAGAGCUGUACGAAUUAUCCUUCUUCUUUCUCUUAACCAUUACAAUGAAAUCUUUCAUUACCUCUUUUGUUCAUUGCUAUUUUUAUUUGCUUCCAGUUUUUUACUCUUCUGAUUGUUCAAUAUAUAUGACAGUUAAUAUUUUUGUAUUUAUUACUCAUACAUAUGCAUAUGAUUGUUGUAUUGAAUUCUUUUUAAUAUUUGUAUUAGUGUGUACUGUACA